AUGGGCGAGUCUAGCAUGAAAUCAUACACGGAUGCUUUCUUUAAGGCAGAGCCAGAAGAUACUUUGGAGAGCAAACUAAAUCUCAUGAUUGAGACAAUGGAAGGAUUAGCUAAUCGUCUUCAACGGAUCGAAGCAAAGGUGGCUGAUGUACGUACGAUUUUGAUCUCAGAAAAGAACAAGAAGAUUCCUUUUAAAAACGGUCCAGGAUAUACUAGCUCUUUCGAAUCUUCAGAUAAUCGUCGUGAAGCUCAUGCUACAUACACUCCUCCACGAAGCAGAAUAUUUGGUGGUGGUUAUGAUGAUGAUCAAACGAUUAUCGUUAAAGGGUUUGACACUAGGUUAACUGAGUAUCAAAUCAAGAACGUAUUGAGACAAUAUUUCAGAUCAUGUGGAGAGAUUAUAAGAGUUGUUGUUCCAACAGACCAAGAAACCGGUGUUGUCAUAGGAUGGGCUUACAUCAUCUAA